AUGUCCAACUCCCUGCAACCCCUCAAGCUCUACGGUGACCGCCCAGGCCCCAACCCCGUGAAAGUGCUCAUCGUCCUCAAUGAGCUCUCGCUCCCCUACACCAUCGAAGCCGUCCCGUUCACCGAAGUCAAAUCCCCGGCCUACGUCUCCCUCAACCCCAAUGGCCGACUCCCAACCCUCCAUGACCCGAACACAGGCCUUACGAUCUGGGAAUCCGGCGCAAUAAUCGAGUACCUCGUCGACCGGUAUGACACCUCGCGCCGCCUCAGCUUUGAGCCGGGGACCCACGACUUCUACCUCGCGAAGCAGUGGUUGCAUUUCCAGAUGUCCGGGCAGGGCCCGUACUACGGGCAGAUGGUGUGGUUUACGAAGUAUCAUGCGGAGCAGCUUCCGAGUGCCGUGGAGCGGUAUGUUAAGGAGAUUAAUCGCGUUACCGGGGUUUUGGAGGGGUGGUUGGAGCAGCAGGCCGGUAUUCAUGGGACGGAGGGUGAAGCGAAUGGGCCGUGGCUUGUUGGGGGGAAGUUGUCGUAUGUGGAUUUGGCGUUUGUGCCGUGGCAGAGGGUACCGGGGAUGUUUGUUGCUGUGGAGGACUUUGAUCUAGAGAGGUUUCCGUUUGUGAAUGCGUGGUUGGGCAGGAUGUUGGAGCGGGAGGCGGUUAGGGCUGCGGUGGAGGGCGAGAAGGAGUGA